AUGUCUGAGGACCUACAGGAUGAGUUGACCUCAAUAAAUUCCAUUUACGGAGACGAUACUCUAGCUUCGCUGAGUGAGAGCUCAUCCAUAUACUCGCUUUCUUUGCCCGCUCAACCUGCUUUAUCAUUACGCGUGGAGUUUCCAAAGGACUAUCCAGACGCGCCGCCAUCGAUCUUGGGGACCCAACAUGUUGGCGAAGAGAUUGCCAAGGGCGAAGGUACUACCAUUGUCGAGUUGGUCCGAACUAUACUGGCAGAGAUCUACUCUCCGGGAGCGCCAUGUAUCUUCGAUCUCGUGGAAGAGUCUGGACAGAGGCUUCAGCAGCUCGGCCUGGACCGAAGCUCAAAGAACCAGGAACAACAAGCUUCUCAAACGAACGGUCAGGAUGCGCAUCAUCACGACUACAGCGAGACGUACUCUGACGAACGACAGCCAUUGGAAGAACUAGGCGACCCACCACCUUGGACAUUAUCAGAGAUCAUCACGGAGAAGAAAUCUGUAUUCAUCGCCAGAGCAGCGCCAGUGUCUUCGGUAGAACAAGCCAAGACAUACCUUGCGCAUCUGCUUGCAACUGAUAAAAAAGUUGCCAAGGCCACGCAUAACAUCACGGCGUGGAGGAUACGUGGUGACAACGGGGUCCAAUUUCAGGACUGUGACGACGAUGGCGAAGAUGCCGCAGGUGGCAGGCUGCUACACCUUCUCGAAUUGAUGAACGUCUGGGGUACAAUGGUGGUGGUCAGUAGAUGGUACGGCGGCGUGAAGCUGGGGCCUGAUCGAUUUCGGAUCAUUAACCAAUGCGCGAGAGAUGCUAUCGUCAGGGAUGGCUUUGCGCCAUCUGAAGAUGCGAAAGAUGUGGGCAAGAAGAAGGGUAAGAAGUGA